AUGCUGUCUGACCUCUGCCGCCAAGAUGACCUCUGCCGCCAUGCUGACCUCUGCUGUCGUGCCGCCGAGCUGUCUGACCGCGACGCCGUGUUGACCUCUGCCGCCAUGCUGUCAGACCGCUGCCGCCGUCUUGACCUCUGCCGCCAUGCUGACCUCUGCUGUCGUGCCGCCGAGCUGUCUCUGACCUCUGUCUCCAAGAGCCUUUGUCUCUCAUCCUGCCACGAACCUCUGCACCAGCUAGACUGCCACAAUGCCGACAUUUGCCGCCGUGAUGUUGACCUGUUGCCGCCGUGA